AUGGGCAACGUCAUUCUCCGUAACCGCCCGUCGGAUAUCUGUCUUUCCGGCGCUGUGGAGCGUGGUCAUGGUCUAGAGUGGCCACCCCAUUACGAGGCCCUGGGCAAUGAUGUUGAGACAUUAUCUGAAACGGGCGGAACUGGUCGGCUGCCAACAGGAGUUGAGUGCCGUGUGGGGACCGGCGUCAACAGCUUCACUCUUGCUUCUAUUUACGGCGUCACGGCGUUACAGUGUAGAGAGAUUGGCUCGUUGGAUCCGCUCGCGUCUGGUUGCUGA